CCAACAGUGGGAAGGCCGACGACGACCACGGAGGCAGCUGUAACAGAGGGAGAACAAUACCGACAUGAUCAGCUUGUUAUAUCCUUACUCAUGUUCGCUGUCAUUGUCACUGGAUCAACUGAUGUGGUUGCGGGCAAGAUUCGCGCAGAGCCCUUGGGACCAUACUCUGGUUUUGUGACGGCCAUCGCGAAUGCUAUAGUUUACUUCACGAUUUAUACCUCAACAUGCACGUAUCGGUAUAUCAUGGGGUACAUUACGAAGCAACAGAUAAAAUUCAUAUGGUCACGAGAUGGUCAAUGGCGGCUCCUGGCCAUAGCCGGCCUCUGCGAUGUGCUCGGGCAAAUUCUACAAUUCAUUGGCCAGCCAUAUGUUAGUGUGAUGGUUUAUCAACUCAUGUUACAAGCUCAGGUUCCCUUCACUGCGUUAUGGAGUGCCUCUCUACUGCGUGUAAAAUACGUUGCAGUAGAGCUCAUAGGGCUCAUCGUGGUGGUGCUCGGUUCAGCAACAGCGUUUAUGCAACUUUCACAAGGAGGAUUGUCUUCCACCAACAUACCCAUGGCCACAUUAGUUUGCCUUUCAACUGCGUGUACUGCGAUGAGUUUCACACUCAAAGAAAUGGUAUUUCGUCGCUACACUGCAGAGUACCACGACGAUCUCGAUAUUUUCGUGGUCAAUUCUGCUGCCUCGGUAUUCUCACUGUGUUGGAGCCUGCCAGUGUCGAGUGGCAUCGAAUGGCUACGACAGCCUUUGGGUUUCACUCAGCGGCUGGAGGAUGGCUUUUUCUGUCUGGUUGCUGAAAGGCCUACAGAUAUCAGUUCAUGUCAAUAUGCGACUAGCACGUAUAUCAUUUACAUGUCGUUGAAUAUAUUUUACAACAUCAGCGUCUACGCGUUGGUGGCGAAGCAUUCAGCGUUGUUGACAUUCGUGUGCAUGAAACUGACAGCUCCUCUAGCUGCUAUAUUAUCGCUUAUUCCGUGGCCGCUCAUUGGGUCGUCAGAAAUCCCAUCAUCUGAGUGGGUGGCUCUGGCCGUUAUCCUCGCGGGUGUAUUUUUGUUCCGUCACGGCAAUCAUGUGAAGGACAAGGCGAUGGCCGACGCUGCUGUGAGCGCUACUGCGUGGAUGCUCUGUUGCUUCCCGUUCUUCCAAAAGAAGAAGUACCAUCAUGCCUUAGUCGUUGAGGAAGAGAAGGAAGCUGCGACGCCUCAGUUGGAAUCCCCUUUGCUUUCUCCUGAUAUGCGGAGAACUGUGUCCGCGCCAGUGAGAGCCAGGAUGUAUGUCUGUCCAGAUGGUCGACGUGUUUGCUGUCCAUCGCAGUGUAACCGGAUGGAAAUGAUCCUAUGUCGUUGCGAGGCGCCUUUUGUGAUGUGAGAGAUCAGUUAUAGCUGUAUUCAUCUUAAUAUGUUGACGGCGCGAA